GACCAACCAAAUUUGAGUUAGCUACCCAUGGCCUUUAGCAGUAUUUCAGAGCACAAAUACCCUCGAGUCUACUGCGUUCAGAGCUGAGUACUGUUGAGCAGAUUUUGGCAGUCAAUUACCCAGCUCUCAUUCAGACAAAGAAGAAAUGAAAAGUCUGCAACUUCUCUCUAUUUUGUUGAUUUCUUGGAUUAUCAUCCCAACAAAUAUACAUGGAGGAAAGAAAAAAGAGGCACUGGGAUCACAGAGUCAGCACUCUAGAACAAAGAAAGAUCAGCAAAGCUUAGAAACCAAAUUUCAACUCUAUACAGACACAACUGGAGGAGCAUGUCAGAUUUUGUUUAAUCAGUUGGAGACUCUUGACAAAUGCGGUUUCAAUGCCUCUCUUCCUCUCGUGAUGAUAGUCCAUGGCUGGUCGGUGGAUGGGAUUUUAGAAAGUUGGAUUUGGAAAAUGGCAGCGGCUCUGAAGUCUCAGCAUAAACAACUUAAUGUGAUCAUUGCAGAUUGGCUUACAUUUGCUCACCAGCACUAUCCCAUUGCUGUACAGAACACACGCUACAUAGGACAGGAGAUAGCAGACUUUGUGGAAUGGCUGGAGGAAUCCAUUCAAUUUUCCAGGAGUGAUGUUCAUCUAAUUGGGUACAGCCUGGGAGCUCAUGUUUCAGGGUUUGCUGGUAGUUACAUCAGUGGUACAAACAAGAUUGGAAGAAUUACAGGCCUUGACCCUGCUGGCCCCUUGUUUGAAGGAAUGUCACCAACAGACCGAUUAUCUCCAGAUGAUGCAAACUUCGUAGAUGCCAUUCAUACGUUCACUAAACAGCACAUGGGUCUCAGUGUUGGCAUCAAACAGCCUGUGGCCCAUUUCGAUUUUUAUCCCAAUGGAGGCACCUUUCAGCCUGGCUGUCACUUCAUGCAUGUGUAUAACCACAUUGCACAAUAUGGGAUCACAGGUAUCACUCAAACUGUGAAAUGUGCGCACGAGAGGUCAGUUCACUUGUUCAUUGACUCCCUGCUUCACCAGGACAAGCAAAGCACAGCGUACUGGUGCAACGACAUCAGCACUUUUGACAAAGGAUUGUGCCUCAGCUGUAGGAAGAACCGGUGCAACACCCUGGGCUACAACAUACGGGAGGAAAGGCUCCCAAAAAGUAGAAAACUCUUUUUGAAAACAAGAGCACGCAUGCCUUUCAAAGUCUAUCACUAUCAGUUCAAGAUCCACUUUAUAAAUGAAAUCCAAGGCAAGAAGAUAGACCCAAGUUUUACCAUGUCUCUGACAGGCACUAAGGACGAUGCUAAAAACCUGCCCAUCACAAUAGUUGAAGGAAUUAAUGGGAAUAAAACCUACUCUUUUCUCAUCACACUGGACACCGAUAUUGGUGAGCUACUAAUGAUCAAGUUUAAAUGGGAAGGAACUGCAGUUUGGAAAAAUAUCUGGGACACGUUUCAAACCAUAAUACCAUGGACAAAAGGCACUCGUCGACCAGGGCUCAUAGUGAAGACAAUACGAGUGAAAGCAGGGGAAACACAGCAAAAAAUGACAUUUUGCUCUCAAAGUAUUGACAACAUUCACCUUUAUCCAGCCCAAGAGAAAACAUUUGUGAGAUGUGAAGAUCGAUUUCGGCAACAAGAGCGAAAGUGAACAAGAAGAAAAACCAACUAAUAAGCAAAGCAUAUUAAAAAUAGCACACAUCUGGCAGGAUGUUUUAAAAACACUUAGCGAGACUAAGCACAAAUCUACAAAUUCCGGUGGCUUCAGAGGUGAUGAAGAGAAUAUAAACAAAUGUAAAUUCUGUGAUGCAAUGGCAAACUGAAAGGCACUGUGCUGAUAUGCAAGCCUACUCUCAGUGAUCAAUGAGCAACUUUAUUGACAGCAACUGUUAAUUUUAAAUUAGUUGAAGUCUGAAAUAAUCCUCGCUGGAAAUCAAAACGCUACUAUUUGAAAUAAUCACUGAUACACCUCUUUGCAAGAAGGAGUUUCAUUUCCAGUUAAAUACUUUGAAUCAUCAAUAGUGACAAUCCAUUAAAUAUUUCCUAAAUUAUUUCCUAGUGCAGAUGGAGUUCAACAGUAAACAUACUCCGAGAUAGGCAACACUGUCAACAAAAAGUCUGAAUUUCUGAUUUGAUGACUUUCAAAACUAGAAAACAUCUCAAUGUACAGAAUGCUUGAGCUAUUCCUUAUAACUAUAUGGCAAGGAAAAUAACUACAUCACCCCACAAAGCUAUGCCUUAUGGAAAAUGCUUUGCCAUUUAGCCGUUAUAGUGUACUAAUUUAAAUCAAUAGUAAUUUAAUAAUGCUUCACGUACUACUCACCACUGUGGCACAAAGAAGUUCUGUUAACUUGUGUGUGAAAAUCAUAUUUACUUGUUUGUGUAACACUUGAAAUUUUUACAUUUUAAAUUGCUGUAUAGCAAAUCUUACUAUCAUUUUAAACUGCAUUAACAAAUGAAAAUGGUAAAACUUGUCCUCAGUGCAUAUAAAUAAAUUUAAAGAAUUCAAACAUACAAAAUUCCAUUGUUUUCCAUAUUGGAAUAUAAACUACACAAAUAAACUGUCAUCUCAGAUCAGUCAUGUUUUAUGCUUACAGGAGAGCAUAAGUAAAAUAAGUAGAAAUAAGUAGAAAGAAUUUCAUUUGUCACUGAGUAACUAAGUACAAUAAUCAUUAAAAAUUAAGUUUCUGUGGCUAUUCUGAAUGUAUUUGUUUUAAAUGUUCUCCAAAUUUGAAAACAGUCACAAGAACUGAUAUCAUACCAAGAUACUGAAGGAAAUUUGGAAUCAAAAUAAUUAGAUGUUACCAGAAUUAAAGUGAGAUGAUCUAAAAAGCAUAAGGAAUGAGCAGAGCAGAACCAGGAAUCCUGCAAGCAGCUAACCAUCAUCAAACAGCGAAUGCAGACAACUUUGCUGAUCAUAGUAACUCCCAGAAUGGUAACUCCUAACUUUUAAAAGCUGUUUUCAGUAGCUAACAUCCAUGUAAUUAAACAGGAAUAAUCAAUACAGAAAAAGGAAGACUGAAAUAAAGACCUCAUAACAACCACCCCAGCUGGUGAGACAGCUUCUGAUGAGAGUUGUGUGACAUAAAACACACACAUUCUCACAGCUUUUUAGGUUAUGGCUUUCCUGUAGCAACACACCCGAACACACUUGGCACGUUUUAGGCAGUAAAAUUAGCCUUUAAUAGCACUACUACUUAUGUGCUAAAAAGGUUGAUACAGGGAUCCUCUAUAAAGAAGUUUAAAAGCAUUAGUCCAGGAAAAGUGGGUGAAAAAGUCAAAGAUGUCUACAGUGUGCUGAAGCCCAAAGAGCAGCGAUACUGCAGCUUGGGGACUUCUCAGUUCUCUGGGGAAAAAACAUCUUUCAGUUCAGAGGUAAAUAAGGUAUCUCCUCAGGUAACACACCUUGAAAACUUUCCUUCAGUCGAACAGAAAAAUUAAGAGAACAUUCAGUAUUUGAACUCUCGAAGAUACAAAUAAAUUUAUUCUGAUAUCAUUUUUCACAAUUUAGAUGUUCAAACUAGUCCUGUGCCAAGUAAAUCCUGUGUUUUUGAUAGCUGUUAGACUAAUUUCUGAUUUAAAAAUAAUAAAGCCUAUGUGGCAGCAUACACCAACUGCCUGGCAAUGCCAGAAGGCCAUAGCUAUGAUUCCAAGUAGCUAUGGCAGUGCCUCACAUCGUGCUCAAACUGUUGUUAGGUCACUAGAAUACUGAACUGAGACCCUGACAGCCUCACAAGUCUGCUCCUGUCAGAGGAAGCACAGUUGAGAGUAGCAUAAGGACUGCUGAGCCUUUAAUCACCGGUGUUAUAAUGAGCCACCAAUGUAACAUCUGAGGCAAAGCCUGUGCUUUGUUCUCUCCCGCCUUCCCAAAAAGCAAUAUUGGAACAUUAAUCAAAGGCCAAACUACAUUGCUGGUUUCUGAUCUGUCUGGUUUAAAUAAAAUGAAAUUUCAUGGUACAAGGGGAGUCUGUGACAGCCUUCUCUCAUUCCUACCAUUCUGACUACUCAUGUUUCUACAGCCAAGUGACGCUCCACAAACACAACAUAAGAAAUAUGCUCAAGUGAAUAGCCAUAACAAGGGAUUAUUAAGUCAAACAUUAGUUAAAAAACAGCUAUUUGUGUCCUCCUUGUUUUCACCUAAACACACCUAAAAAUACAUGCAAUGUGUUUUAUAUGCUUAGGCAUUAUUCUACCGCUUUGGUGUGAAUUCCCAGAAGUGAAAAUAUAAAAACUGCCAAAUCUAUUAGGUAACCACGAUGCUGGCAUGCACAACGGAUCUACUCCAACUGUUAUGUUAUUAUCUUUUGCCCUAGCAGUGCUACUCAGCUAUAAAGGGAAACACUCAAAAAUAUCAUGGGGAAAGCAAGUACUGUGAGAAAGGAACUCUGAAUGUGCUUUUAUUACAUCAAAGCAUAUCCCGCUCAGUUAGGGAAACAGAUGCCUAAGCAGACUAUUCUCAACAAACAUCCCUGAGAGGAAAGACUAGCGGGAGAAGUUGGCAUUUAAAAGCAAUCUUAUCUCUUAAAUCAACUUAAAAAUGUAAAAGAAAACAGACACACAGCUUGGAAAGCUUGAAAACACCUUGAAAAAAGCAGAUUUGAUCCCUCUCAAGGUCUAAUCCAUUAAUUGUGUGCUGAGAUUAUUCCAUGUUAAUUGGGGUAUUCCUCUUCAAAAAUAAAUUUUACAAUCAUUCGCUAGCUAUAAUUCCAGGCUUGAAUAACCCAAGAGUAGUUAGUUUCUAUAUCAAAGAUGAAAAAGAGAUAGCUUUAAGUCACUUGUGUGAUCACAGCAAUGAAGACAGACAUUUUUAGAGAUUUUCCUUAAACAACACAAGAAUAUUUACUCUUGCAUUUAACCAUGAGAUGUGAAUAGAGAUGCACUUGGAGAGUACACAGGUAGUGUGCAAUUGCCUCUGAGUGCAACUGCCCAUUCACAGCAAAAGCAAAAAAAGAGUCUGCAUAUUCCUUUUUGCCCUCAUGGUUUAAAAAGUAAAUAGAUCUUCAAAAGCUGAUUUCAUCAAGUCUAUUUAUUAAUGCAUUUCAAGUUUCAAAAAACCUUACAUAUCUUUGCACAAUACUUCAUUUUUAUUUUUAUUUUUUUUUUGCAAUUUUAGUAAAAAUUUCCAAAGUGAACAAAAAAGAUACUGUAUAAAACACAGUGGACAUGAAAUUGACAGUAGUAUUCCAUUGCCUUGAACUUUCUUUUUGAUUUACCACAUCUUGACUUGCAGUGGAGAGUUCAGUGCACAUUUCUCUUUUCAGAAAACAUUUAACUUAGACUCAAAAUAAAAUAGGGCAGCGUUUGUCUGCCGAAAUCCUACCACAGGAUAACAUUACAGGCAAAAAAUGUACAUGUUCCAAAGUCUACCACACCCAAGAAGUUACUAAGAACUCUUGCUGAAGAAAAGUCACCAUUUUAGAAAUGCAAACCCACUUCCAAUCUUUGCACAGUCUUAAAACAAAUGUAUUUAAAAUGAUUUAAAAGCAACUACAUACACUUCUAUCUAGUUAAGAUCAUUUAGAAUUAUUUAUAUAGUCUAUUGGACCAGGGUUUCAUGUACAAAAUUUGUCUCUAAACCAUGUACAAAAAGCUGUAUUUUGAAAAAGUCACCACAUACUGUACAAGUUUACAAGGAAGAGAUCCCAUUAUAUUCAGUAAUAUUUUUGGCCUUGCUGGCUUGCGUCACAUUAUGAGAAUGAUUGUGUAAACCUUAUACUCUUAAGAAACAAAAAAAAAGAAAAAACAAAA